CGAGAUUACAAGCACCGACUAUGGCCGCGUACACACAACUUUUGUAUAUACUUUUAAAGAUAAUUUGCUUCUCACCAGGACUCUACGCAUUUAAUCUCUUUACAAAGCUACCAAUAGUGAAAAAUGGACCUGUGGAUUCAUAUUUUGGAUUUUCUGUCGAACAGCAUCAGAUGAAUAAUAGCGGGGAUGUCACUCGACUGGACGAGAAUCUAAUAUUGGUGGGAGCACCUAGAGCAGACUCAGUAUUUGCAGAUUUCUCAAGUAUACAGCGGCCAGGUGCUAUCUAUAGAUGUCCACUUUCUACACAGACAGGAGACUGCCAGCAGCUAAAUAUAGAUCAAACUCCUACCAGUGAAGAAGAUAAAGAUGACCAGUGGCUAGGAGUAACGCUAAGUAGUCAGGGCCCAGGCGGAGCUGUGGCUACAUGCGCUCACAGGUUAAAAAAGAGCCAGUUUAAAUGGGGUUUUGGAAUGUGUGUUAUACUAACCAAGGAACUGAACUUCCAAAAGCGUAUGGAACCAUGUGAAAAUAAACCAGUGGAGAAUGGACAUUUAGAAUAUGGCUACUGCCAGGCUGGUAGCAGUUUAGAUUUAGCCCCAAAUGGAGACUUGCUCCUUGGUUUACCUGGAAUUGGAAAUUGGAGAGGUUCACUUUUGAAGAGCACAGUUUUAAGAGGUCUGAACAUAGAUAAGAAGACAUAUUCAAGUCUUGCUCUCGAGCCCAAGCCUACUGAUACUGCCGUACCUCCUGUGGGUAUUAAUUCUUAUUUAGGUCUCUCUACAACCUAUGGUAAGCUGAUCAAUGGUCAGGACACAUUUGUGGCAGGUGCCCCGCGCAGCCAGAACUCAGGCCAGGUGGUCCUGUUCCGUAAACCUGUGUCUGGAAGUAUUCUGGAGUGGGAGCCAGAGUACAUUCUGACAGGGGAAGGGUUCGGCUCAAUGUAUGGAUAUGCCGUGGCUGUCAUUGAUCUGAAUAACGAUAAGUUAGACGAUCUAGUGGUUGGUGCACCAUAUUACGUAGAUAAAGAUCAGCGUCAAGAGAAGCGUGCAGGUGGAGCCAUCUAUGUUUAUUUAAAUGGCCCUGGGGGAAUUACAGACAGGACAGUACCAAAGACAAUUUUAGGUCGCAAGAUGACAGAGGCCGAUUGCGCCAAGCUGACUUGUGAGCAUGCUCAGUUUGGACUGUCACUAGCAAACAUGGGGGACAUUGACAAUGAUGGAUAUGACGAUCUGGCUGUUGGAGCCCCAUUUGAAGGAGAUGGAGCAGUGUACAUCUACCAUGGCUCACAGAGUGGGAUCCAGGAAGAAUACUCACAGAGAAUUGAGGCCAGUGACCUUGCCCUUCCUUCUGGCAUGACAGCACCCACGUCCUUCGGCUACUCCCUCUCAGGAGGUCGUGACCUUGACAAUAAUAAAUACAACGAUCUUCUUAUUGGUGCCUUCCAAUCUAACACUGCCAUUUUGCUCAGGGCGCAGCCAAUUUUAAGAAUUUUGGUGAACUGGCAAGACCAGCCGUUUAAGAUCGACCCUGAGAGUUACGAGUGCAGUGAUGGUACAAAGCUCAGCUGCGCCAUCUAUAGGUUUUGUUUCAAAUAUGUAGAGCCAACCAACAGCUUCAGGGACUCCAUCAGGAUGCAGUACACCUUCACGGUGGACUCCGACAGUCAAAUCCCUCGCCUGAAGUUUGCCAAUCUCCCCCAGGAUAACAUGAAGGACAGUGAAGUGACCCGCACCGUGGACCUGGCCGAGGCAGGGAAAGAUGUCUGCCUGUCUGAGAUAGCCUAUGUCAAGAAUGGCACCAAAGAAAUCCUGCGCCCGAUUCCAUUUAUGCUUAAGUGGUCACUACAGGAGAAGACGGUGCCACAACCAACUAUAGGGGGUGCUCUGCCCAGGAUGAACGACUAUCCUAUCAUAGACUCUGACAAAUCAAAGGAAGAAUUUACUGCCACAUUUGUUAAGAAGUGUGGUUCUGACGACCAGUGUCACAGUGACCUCAGGGUUUUUGCCAAAUUUAGAAAACUCCAAACUGAUAAGGAUGGUACAGUUGUUCUGAAGCUGGGAGAGGACAAGGAAGUCUUGCUGGACAUUGAUUUCAGUAACAUGAGGGAGUCAGCGUACCUGGCCACCCUGACCAUUACACACCCGCCCAGCUUUUCUUAUGUCGGGGUAGAGGGCAAGACCCGUGUCUGCACACGUCCCAUUCAAGAUGAGCCGAGGCGGGUGUGUGACAUGGGCAACCCCUAUGCACAGGGAGCCUCAGAACUGCUCACGCUGAAGUUUAGCACAAACAAAGUGACUCCUCAGGAUUCCUUGAUAAUAGACAUACAGGCAAACACCACAAGCUUUGAUGUAGAUGAGGGGAACAACAAGUUUUCUUUGUCUCUCAGACCCAUUAUAGAGACAGAUAUGUUACUGAGAGGAGGGUCUGCCCCAGAGCAGUUGUUCUACAGUGGCAAAGUUGUCGGGGAAAGUGAGAUCAAGUAUGAGGAACAAAUCGGAAAAGAAGUUAACCAUACUUAUGAGAUCAUCAACAAUGGCUCAGGCACAGUAGAGAGAGUAAAUAUCAUAGUCAAGUGGCCAUAUGAGGUGGCUAAUAACUAUGAACAGGGCAAGCACCUGCUGUAUUUAGUUCAUACACCCAUAGUGGAGGGCACUGUUGGCAAGUGUAACAUGAAGCCAGGGCAAGUGAACCCUCUUGGUAUUAAAUCAAACAGAACCACAGGAACCACCGCAAAGCAAGAUGGCGAUGUCAUCAACUACAGCAAGAGGCGCAGGAAGAGAGAGAUGGUUGUACCCGCCAGAACUCAAAAAGACGAGAGCGGGAGGGAGGUCAAGGUCGUCACUAUGGACUGUCAAGCUGGGACUGCUAAGUGCAUCACAUUCAACUGCAGUAUAGGGAAGAUGACAACUGGAGACAGUGCCUUUGUUAGGGUCACAGCUAGACUGUGGAAUAGCACUUUUGUCGAGGACUAUGCCAGUGUUGACUAUGUUGAAAUAUUUUCUUAUGCAAGACUAGAGAUUCCAGCAGAAUUAAAUAUUAUCCAGCUCAAAACAGAAAAUGAUGACACAAAAGUAAAAACCAAAGCAGAACCUCGAUUAGGUCUGGCUCCUAAAUCGGACGUCGCCUGGUGGAUAAUAGUAGUUGCUGUGGCAGCAGGAAUAUUAUUACUGGUUAUACUCAUCUUAGUUUUAUGGAAGCUUGGUUUCUUCAAGAGGCGACGACCAGAGUAUGAAGAUAUGAAUGCCACACAUGCUGUACGCGUUGAAAAGAAGACAAAAUACGAUAAAGUAGCAUCAGACGAUUUCUAACCUGAGAGACAACAACACCUGAAUGGAUAUACUUAACUCACAAUGGAUAUUGAGGAAGGCUGAAAUGUGAAAACAAAUAAAAAUAUGGAUGUGGGAUGUCUUGGCCAAAUAUUGCUCCCUAGAUGGAGCUGUCUAGAGGAGAGCUCUUUAAGAUGUUAGCUAUGAAGAUUGUAAGUGAGGAUUGUUGAAAGUGAAAUGUUUUCUGUCUUAGACAGAAUGGACUGACUGCGUGUUGCCAAAUAUGUGGAAUUACAUGAAAAUUUAAAAGGAGUUGAAGAUGAAAUUUAGGAUGUAAGAUUUAAACAUGAAUCAUUUAUGUCAUAAUAGUCAUUUUGAGUGUGAUAUGGUGUCAUUCUCAUUAAUUAAUUAAUAAAUAACAAUAGCUCACUGUGUGUCUGAUAAAUUAUUAAAAUUGAUAUAAAUGAGAAUGAAAUAUGAGUGCCUCCAUUAUAAAUGUAAAAUUAGAGGUAUUUCAAAUCAGACGAGAAAUCCAAUUUUACAUUUUUGUUUAUAUUCCAAAUGAGGAGAAAAUGUUUCAUUGUGUUUUCAUCAUGAAUAUCAUUGACAUUUUAUAUUCUCCACUAAGGUAGAAUUGUUCAUCUUUAGUUUGAUAUACAUUAUAAUGUGGGAUCGCAUUUUUUCUCAAGAUCUUCACAUAAGCGCUGUAGUUACACCACUGCCUUUUAGGCCCAUUUCACAUUAAGCAGAAUACUAUACUGGACUGGACUACUUUGAGAGAUAGACAAAUUAAUAACCUGGCUGUUAAAUAAACUCAGUUUCCCCACCUCACCCUGCCCUUGGCACAGCCAGUUAAUUAACUAAUUAACAGCAAGAAGUGAACUUUAUGAGAAUUUGCUCACACUCACAUCACCAUCCUCUCAGUGCUGGUGUGACACGUAAGGCAUCAAUUCGCUAUUUGAAUUUGCCAAGGAGAUUUUAACUCUUUUUCACUGUAUAAUUCCAUUUUAAUCCCUUUCAUAGUAGACUUGUCCAGUUAAGUAUACCAGUAGAUACAAAAAGGGGUCUCCAAGCCUUCAGAUACCAGUUCUUCAGUUCACAUACUUACUCCUGUGUUGUUGUUAUUAUAUUUAGGUUGUGACAGCUGUGCACAUAUUAUUAUUAUUAUAAGAAUUGAUAAAAAGAAUAAACUCUAACAUAACUAGUGUUCAUUUCCUCCUUCAGCUAGAAGCUGUCAAAUGUACAUGGUUGUCCGAAGUUUUUGUUUCUUAUGGAAUUGAAUUACAAAGACAGAGAUGAUAGUAGUUCUGAUGAUAGUUUUAGUUUGUGAUAUCUUCAUUGCAAGACAUGAAGCUUGUUGGUCUAUGUAGUGUGUGGUAACAAGCUACAAUUUAAUGUUUUUUUUUUUUUUUUUUUUUUUUAAUGCAAAAGCUUUACUACAUGACAGACAUAUAUGCCAUUGAAGUUGUUAUUAUGCACGGAGAUAAAUAGCAUCUCUACAUACCACCAAAAUACUUCAGGUUUCCUUUCCUGAUCUCAGACUGCCUUUAAAUAGCAUUGAAAUGGUGAUAGAUGACUAUACAUUGCUAGUACAAUUUCUGAUAUUCAUAUUGAGGUGGACAAUUAGUUAGUCUAAACAUUCAACUAAAGUGUCUUAUUGCUGGAAUUUAGUAGGCUAAAUCAAGAUGGUACAAUCUACGUAGAAUUUGUAAAAUGUGAAAAAAUGAAGAUGUGAAGUGAUGUUUUUUAUAAGCUUUGCUGUAGAUAUGUGUAUAAAUAGUAACAUUAGUAGUAAGACUACAGCCUGUAUAUUUGCUACAAUGAUUUUUUGUAAGAUGUAAACUUUGUAAAGUACAAGAUGUAAUAUGUAGAUGAUCAUAUGAUAGUGUAGCUUAUUGCUUGCUAAAUAACACUAAGUUUAUUAUGCUUAAGUUAAAAAAUAAUUAGGCAUGUUUAAGUUAGUUUUUCUUUGAGAUUUUAUGAUGAAUGUGCUGGAAAAAUGUAUAUAUCACAUGAAAAUAUGGAUAAUAUACUAUAAAAUAUUAAUGAGGAGAAUCCUCAUGACUGAUAUAUAAGUAGUUUGACAAGUAUGUAAUAUCAAAAUCUUUGCUUAUUUUAUAGACAGAGUGGACUGAACAUUGUAUGUCAAGGUAUUUGUAACGCUGCUAUAGAACCGAUAAUUUCUUUCUUUUUUUUUUUUUUUUAAGUCAUUAUUAUGGUCUUGUGUAAAGCACUGUGGUAAUAGCUGCAAAUUUAAGAUGAUUGUUCAUGUUUUUUAUUACGAUAUUAGCUAUUUUAUGUGUAAAAGCGACUAAGGUACAAUUGAUAGAUUCAACAUAUUCACCCAACCAAAUUAGACUUAUUUUUAAAAUCAAGACAACAGGGCCACGGAGAGAGCAGUACGGCAGUCGACAGGUACAAAGACGUCCGAGAAUGGCCGCAGUCUUCCUGCAUGCAUACGUGACGUAUUUCCACUUUCUGUGGAAGUCGUAUGUAGGCAGCCUCGUGUUUUAUUACAGAAAACGGGAACCACUGCCAAACACCUGUGGAAUAAUAUUUCUGAAAUUCUGGUGUCAUAAGUAAUAUUUAUUUUAAUUUAUUUUCUUUUUUAUUAUCAGCUUAGAGCCAUAGAGCAGACAUUAUACAUUGGACUAAUACUCUGAAGUAUAGUAGAAAGACCGAACACAUUAGACGAAGUAUUCAACUUCGUGUCCAUGGCAUUUAUCCAUAGAAAUAUUUUGUACACCUUCAUUAUACAUAGAAUGAUCUGAAACCAUGUGUCAAACAUUUCCUAGCUGAUGGUAUGAGGAAUGUAUUUCAUUCUGGUAAUACGUUCUUGAUGGCAUGCAAGCCAUAUGCUAUAGACAUUAGCACUCUGGUAAGGUACCUUCACUCGUGCAAUGCAUUUGAAUUAUUUUAGACAGUCCAGUUUUAUUACUUGAAUAUGUAGCGUAGAGUACGUGACGUUCAUAUCAAUUAUAUGCAUUUGCAGUAUAAGCCAUGCAUUUUUGUAUCAAGCCUAGCGCACGACCAGUGUUUUAUAAUAAAACGAUCAGUAAAAACAC